AUGGCGAUAGAGAAAGAAAAAGGAGUACAGCAGAAGAGAUGCAAACAGUAUGUGUUAGGAAUAGAAGGAAGUGCCAAUAAAUUAGGUGUAAGCAUAAUAAAUGAAGAAAACAAAAUUUUAGUAAAUAUGAGAAGAACAUAUAUAUCUGAGAUAGGAUGUGGAUUUAUACCUAGAGAAAUUAAUGCACAUCACAAAUACUAUAUAAUAGAUAUGAUAAAAAAUUGUUUAAAUAAAUUAAGUAUAAAUAUAAGGGAUAUAUCAUUAAUAUGUUAUACAAGAGGACCAGGUAUAGGAUCAGCACUAUAUAUAGCUUACAAUAUAUGUAAAAUUUUUUCCCUACUUUUUAAUAUACCAGUAAUAGGGGUAAAUCAUUGUAUUGCUCAUAUUGAAAUGGGUAUAUAUAUAACGAAGCUAUACCAUCCUAUUAUUCUUUAUGUAAGUGGUGGGAAUACACAAAUAAUAUAUUAUAAUAAUUAUAAAAAAAGAUAUGAAAUUAUUGGUGAGACUUUAGAUAUUGCCAUAGGAAAUGUUAUUGACAGGUCAGCUAGAAUUCUUAAAAUAUCCAACUCACCUUCACCUGGUUAUAAUGUUGAACUUUUAGCUAGACAAAAAUAUUUACUUAACAUUAAGAAAAAGCAAACGAUUAAUAAUAAUGCAAAAGAGAUAAACGGGUAUCAUACAAAACAUAAUGACCAUAGUCAUGAUGAAUUUGCUUCUCAUUCAGGUAAGGAAAACACGGGAGAUAGCAAAUGGGACGAUGACAUAAGCAUUCUUACGGAUGUUCAACAUGUGCAAAAUAAUCAGUCGAAUGUACCAAAUGAGCUCAGAAAAAAAAAAAAAAAAAAAAAAAAAAAUUAUGAUGAUACGUGUGAUUUCACUGAACUGCUAUUCUUUCCUUAUACGAUAAAAGGUAUGGACAUAUCCUUUAGUGGAUAUGACUUUUAUAUUAGUAAGUACUUUGCAAAAUAUAUCACUAAUAAAAAGGCCCACAAAAAGGAAAGAGGCGGGAUGAAAAAUAGAGCAGGGGGAACAGAUAAAUUAAACCAAAAUGUUAAGAAGAAGGCCAAAAGCGAGAAUAAUGCAUUAGGUGGAGAAGACACACAAACCAGCGAUGAGCAUCAAUCGGAGGAUAUGAAAAAUGUAACUGAAUUACACGAAUGUAAAGAAUCUGAUAAACGAGGAAAUAUAGAAAAGGGUAGAGGAGCGAAUGACCUCUCAGAGGAUGCCCAUAAAUGCUUGCAUUAUAAUUCAAGCCUCCAUUCUGGAAUGAAAGGAAACUCGUAUUAUGAAGAUAACAUUAUAUAUAAAAGCAAAAAUAAAAAAAAUUAUGGAGGUAACGAUGAUGGUGAUACGUACGUAACGGAUGACUGUUCUAUAGAGACUGAUAGCGAUUUCUACGAAAAAGAUUUAAAAGAAGCGGAAAAAGAAGUAAUAAAUUUAACUGAUGAGGAAAAAAGAAAAAUUCAAAUAUGCUACAGUUUACAACAUCAUAUAUUUAGCAUGCUCAUUGAAAUUACUGAACGAGCUAUUUCGUUCACCAAUAGUAAAGAGGUUAUAAUUGUCGGAGGAGUUGGAUGUAAUUUGUUUCUCCAAAAUAUGAUGAAAAAAAUGGCAAAACAGAAAAAUAUUAAAAUUGGAUUUAUGGAUCAUAGCUAUUGUGUUGACAAUGGGGCUAUGAUUGCAUAUACGGGUUAUCUAGAAUAUUUACACGCGAAAGAUAAAACUGUCUACAAUUUUGAAAAUAUAAGUAUUCAUCAAAGGUAUAGAACGGACGACGUUUUAGUAACGUGGAGAUAG